CUAAUAUAUUUUAUAAAACAUUAUAAAUAUAAUUUAAUAACAUUUCAUACGUUUCUAAUAUAAUAUUUAUACAAACAAUUAUUGUUUUAAAAAUAUAAUCUCGUUUAAAAUAUUUAAUUAAAUUUUUAUACAAAAUGAAUAAUGAAUUAAUUGCUAAUAAUGAACACAAACAUAAUAUUAGUGAUGAAACUAAUGACCCAAACGAUCGUCAAAUGUAUGAAUCAAAUCCAGUGACCAAUCGUAAGGAUAAUGUGGAGGCGUUGCCAUUGAAGAGCACGGAAACUGUGGACGGGUAUCAUAGACAAGAGGGUAAGAGUGUGAUUAAGGACUGUUUGAACAGUUGUGGAGCACUGACAUGUUUGGCAAAUUUGGCAGGACUGAGCGGUGGCUCAGUCUACGUGCACGACUGUCCCAAAAACCCAGCCAUUCCUUGUCACUUAAUGUGUUCAAUGCUCGAUACCCUGAUUAUAAUGACCCGGGCUCACUUAAUUACUGUCACCCUACACUAUAUUUAUCCGCAUAUUAUAUCUUAAUGAUAUUUGCGGUCAUAGGUUUUGUAUGUAUAGCAAUAGGAAUAACCUUUUGUUUCUACAACUUGUUAACUAAAAAUAAAAACUAAUAAUUCUG